GGCACACCACUAGUGAGGUCACGUGACCAGCUUGCGUUUGAGAGCGCAUUCACAGCUGCUUGUAAAUAGAGGCUGUAUAUAUAAGAGUAGGUCAUAAUGAGUUUGGGUGCGCGCGCCACCAAGGGUGGUGCGAAGGGCAAGGACGGCAAGCAACAGGACAAAGGGAAGAACACAGAUAAGCCGCAGCCGAAGGAGAAGUCAAAGCCACAGGCGACAACAGAACAACUCCGCAUGGCAAACAUAAUUGACCGUAAAGGCGAAGAUGCCGAUGUCCGCAGAAUGGUGACGGAGCUGAUGGAGAUGACAUGCAGAACCGAAGAGGAGGUGUGCUCCGCGCUCCACGACACGGACAACGACAUGGCGGCCGCUUGUAACCUGUUGCUGGAGGAGAGUCCACGGAUACAGAGCGAAUGGCAGACGAGUGAAAAGAAGAAGAAGAAACCGCCGGCGCCGGCGGGCAACGGCGAGCUCGAGCCGGGCAAGGAGCGCGACUCGCGGGACCCGCGCGAUCCGCGGGACCCGCGCGACCCGCGGGACCCUCGCGCCAGAUCCGGACCCCGACCACGUCGCGGCGAAGGCGAGGGCGUGCGCGGGCGCGGGGCGGGGCGCGGGCGCGGCGGCGCGCGCGGCGGGCGCGGCGGGGCGCGGGGCGCGCGGCGCGGCGGCGGCCGGGGCGCGCCGCGGGACCGCGACGACCACUGGGCGCCGGGACACGCCGGUGGUAAUAUGGGAGACUCAUUCCCGGCCACAGAAGAUUGGGAUAAUGAGGAAUGGUCAGGCUCUCUAUCAGACACCAAGGUGUUCACACCGAGUUCCUUGGCACAGAAUGCGGCGGCGGACGGCGACGCGGCGCCCGCGCAGCAAACCGAGGAUUGGGAGUGCGGCCCAGAAACAAACGGGCCGAGCGAAGGCCACAUCCCCACAUACACAUACCACAACACACAGCAACACCACAGCACUAUUAUUGAGCAACAAAUGGUAUCGGUGUCAGCGUCAGGUGGCGUGGUGCCAACACCACCAGCCAACGCUGAACCGGCGGACUCUUAUCAUCAUCACCAGCCAAUGGGCAUGUCGGGCAGCCUGAGCGCGGCGCAGUCGCAGUACCUCUCGCAGCUCACGCACCAAGUGCAGAGGCAUGACAAUAGUGUGUACGCAAGCAACUACGGCGUGUACGGGUCGGCGGACAUGGCCACGCAGAGAAAGACGCAGCGCGCCAGGGUGCCGCCGCCAUCUAAGAUCCCAUCGUCAGCGGUGGAGAUGCCCGGCGGCGGCGAGACGGGCGGCGGCGUGUUCCUCGACGUGCAGUUCGGCGCGCUCGAGCCGGACGCGCUCGACGCGCCGCCCGCGGCCCCCGCCGCGCCCGCCCCCGCGCCCGCCGCCCCCGCGCACCCGCCGCACCCCGCGCACGCCCCGCACCCGCAGCACGCGCCGCCCGCCGCGCAGGCGCCGGUGCAAGUAACGCCACAGGCAGAGCCUCAAGUAGUGUCGACGAGUCACGAAACUACCUCAGAGGCGCCUACGGCCACCUACCCUAAUGCUAAUACUAUGUUAAGCGAGAGUCUAAACGCGGUAGAGUCGACGACGACGAGUCAACCUGUAACAUCGGAGCCGGCUGUAUCCAAUGCGACCUCAAUAGACAAGCUGUCGGCGUCGCUGAAGGCGGCGUCGGUGUCGGAGGCGGGCGCGGGCGCGGGCGCGGCGGGCGCGGGCGGCCUGCAGCACCACCACCAGCACUACGCGCACCACAACCACAGGACCAAGCAGCCGGCCGCGGGCGCGGCGGGCGCGGCGGGUGCGGCGGGCGGCGCGGCGGGCGCGGGCGGCGUGUACGCCAGCGGCGUCUCGCACCAUCCGCCCCUGUACGGCUCCCCGUUGUAUGCGCCACAAGCGAACUCGAGCUCGGGCUCGCUGGCGGGCGCGGGCGCGGUGAGCACGGCGUACCCGUCCACCGUCACACUCACUACAUACCAGCCUAUUAUUAACUCUUAUCAGCAAACGUCAUCGUCAGCGGGCGUAUACGGCGGCGGAGCGCUGUACACGGCGGCGCCGUAUGCGUCGUACCAGCCCUCACAGUUGCCAGCCAAACACAAGGACCAGCCACAGUAUGACAAUUCAGUAGCGUCGAGCAAUAGUUUAACGAGUGCAUCAACGACACAACAAACGUCCACAGCUAAAGUUGCCACAACUACCGUUAGCGGAGCGGUGAACAGCGGCGUCUCGUCGACGACGGGCAACACGACGGCGGGCGCGGGGGCGGGCGCGGGCGCGGGCGCGGCGGGCGGCGCGGCCGGCUACGCGGGCGGCGCGCUCUACGGCGGCGGCACGUACUACGACGAGCAGCUCAUGCGCGGCACGCUGCCGCACCACAUGGGCGGAUACUACGAAGUAGGCUACGGCGGCCGGGACGGCGGCACCUUCGGUCUGGGAGCUGCGGAGCGGUUUCCACGCACUGACGCCGCUUCACCACAACAAGUUCCUGCGGCGUUACCGCCUGGCUAUGCGUACUUCUACCAACCACCACCAACGACGUACCAGUAUGGUGUCUACCCAACGUACGGCGGCGGGUCGAGCGUGGGCGGCGUGGGCGUGUCGGGCGGCGGCAAGGUGUCGGCCUACUCGCAGCAGCAGCAGCCGCCCUAUGACGCGCAGGACUCUUAUAAGCCUGGCGGUCCGUACACGGGCACGGCCACCAAGUCGGCGGGAGCCGCCACGGCCGACCUCAGCAACGCGAUGUACGGCAAGGCGCACGUCGCGCUCAACAAGGUCAACAGCUACGAGAAGGCCGGGUUCCACAGCGGCACGCCGCCGCCCUUCGGCGCCGCCUCGCACCUGUACAUCCCCGCGCCGCCGCACCACCACCCGCACCACCAUCCGCAGCAGCACCAGAUGGAUGUACGGGUGAACAGUAGUCAUAAUAGGCGGGAGAGCGGCGCGGGCGGGCGCGCGGCGGGCGGCAAGGCGGGCGGCAGCAAGCCCGCCUACUCGCAGUCCUACUGGGCGCCCAACUAGUGCGGAGUUAACAACGGUCAUUCGACACUGUACAUAGGGCGCCAGCCACACACAUCCAGUCAAUUGACACACGCGUACACACACACUUGUGUUUACGCGUAACUUGCGUAAAACAACACCACGACUUGCGAAUACGUGUCUCGUUACGCUAGAGCGUUACAACUCGCCCACGGGAAAACGAGCUCUAUGCGAAACGAAUAGAAUUUAUAUUUAAACGUUCUUCACACGCCGCGAAAUGCAAAUGCCACUGACGGAUACACCGGCCUGUGGCACUCGCGGUUCGCACGUAUUCGUUACAAAUUUUGUAAAUCACUUGAGAAAAAUUGCAUUGUUUUCGAUGUAUUUUACGCUUGUGCGAUUUUAAGUUGGUGUUUUUCUAUGCGUCCGCGCGCGAACUUGCCGCGACGGCGCAAACUAUCUGUAGAGAAUUAUUUGAUCAUGUUGUAAAUUGUCUCACGCGUCGCGUUCGCCGCGCACGCAUGCCGCCUAUCGGCGCGUGCGCAACGCGCUGCUCGCGUGCCCUUGCGCGUGCGCGUAAUACAAGUGUUGUUGGACCGGUCCGUUUUGUUACGUAAACAGAUGCCUUUGUGUAUUUAAAAAACUGUAUAACUGAUAUUGUAAAAUAAAAUGAAAGGAAAUUGAAUGGAAAAUGCUAUGUUUAUAAAAAAAAUUUUUCUUUAAAAAUUCCUAGUGUAUUAGCGUCGGCGCGUUGCGUUCAUAUAUAUAUUUUUUUUUGUCCUACAUUAGCGUUGAAUCGCGAGAUUAGAUUAGGUUAGUAUUUAAUUUCUGAUUAUGUUAGUGCGCUCGCCCGCCGCGCGUUGCCGCGUGUUGCCGCGUGUUGUCGCGUGUGGGCGGGAGAGCCGCGACGCGCCUGACGUUUUCUCAUUUACGCUAAGUCCGCUCCGUUAGGUUACAAUUUUUUUAUAUAAAUUAACGGUAGUGCUAUGUAUAUGUUAUCUUUAUAAAAUAUGUAUAUGUGUAAGCGUUUGGUGCGCUAUGCGCGCCGAAUAUUUUGUAUUUAGUUGACAGACUUUUUGUAAUUACAUAUAAUAUUAAUUGUAUUAAAAAAGUAAAGUGUCGUAGGUGGUUAAUUGUAAUGUAACAUUACCGUAAAAUAGUCGAGGUCUUUUUUAUUGUGAAGAAUGCUGUUGAUCUCGCGGGCAUUUGAGAGUAUGAGGGAAAUACACAUAUUGGAACAAGA